UCUGGUGCUCAUGGAAUCCAUCUGUUCUGUGUUUCUUCAGGACCUGAAUUAGAGAAGUAGAAACAGAGCAUCGGAUCCUCAGCUGUGUAAAACAGCAGCGCUCCGCUGAAAUCAAUGGAGCGACUUCAGUUUGUGCCAGCUGAGGGGCCGGCUCGCAGUGUGAAUUAUUCUUAUGAACCAGCUGGUGACUCUUGGGGAAAGUCACCAGCUGUUCAUUCAGUGUUGGCUUUGGAGAGGUUUGCUGGUUCGUUCUCCUGCUGCGUAACUCCUGCUGCGUACUGGACCUAUGAGGUUCUGGAAAAAUGAAGCCCUCUGUAACCCCCAAUAAGGUAUGCCUUAGAAACGGACACGAACGCUGCAUCUCCUUCUUGGAUCCUGCCAUUGGCUGCUCUAGGGAAGGUCCCAAGUCUGUGUGGGCUCCGCUGAACGCUUUAGAGAGCCGGGAAGAGCUCCUGCCACCUGGGCAGUCAAACCGGCUUUCUCACAAGUACUCCCGCUGUGUCCUGCCGGCUGUGAUCCUGGUGGGCAUGCUCUUGGCCGGGAGUCUCACUUGUCUCUUCGUUUUUCCGUUGGGUUCCCCUUGGGAAAGAGGGAACGUUGGGCAGGAUCCAGACAACGUGUGCAGUGAUCCUUGCAGGAUCGUGCUGGUGGAAAGCAUCCCCGAGGGAAUGGUGUAUGAAGACAGCAGCACGGUGAACCCAUCCACAUUUCAGGCCUGGAGGAAUCUGAUCAGAGGUGCUAAGAGCAGCUUGGACAUCGCAUCUUUCUAUUGGACCCUGACAAACGACGACACGCACACUCAGGAAGCCACGGCUGACCAAGGUGAAGAAAUCCUGGCAGAACUGCUGCAGUUACCCCAGCAAGGCGUCUCGCUGAGAAUCACAGUCAGCAGCCCGUCCUCGAAGCAGCCCCUGGACGACCUCCAAGCGCUGGAGCAGAGCGGAGCUGCUGUCCGCAAAGUCAACAUGCGCAGGCUGACGGACGGGGUGCUGCACACCAAGUUCUGGAUCGUUGACAAGACCCACAUCUACCUUGGCAGCGCUAACAUGGACUGGCGCUCCCUCACCCAGGUGAAGGAGCUGGGUGCAGCUGUCUACAACUGCAGCUGCUUGGCCAAGGACUUAGGGAAGAUAUUUGAAGCCUAUUGGGUUCUGGGGGUGCCGGACGCUUCCAUUCCAUCACCCUGGCCAGCCAAUUACUCCACCACAUACAACAAGGAGACACCUCUGGAGGUGCAGCUGAAUGGGACGGACGCCAGUGUGUACCUUUCUAGCUCCCCGCCAGCCUUGUGUGCUGAGGGACGUACGGAGGACCUCCACGCACUGCUCAGCAUCAUCGACGCCGCCAGCCAGUUCGUGCACAUCGCCGUGAUGAGCUACCUGCCGACCAUGGAGUUCUCGCACCCCCGGAGGUAUUGGCCAACUAUUGAUAAUCAUCUCAGGAAAGCAGCCUACGAAAGGCAAGUCCACAUUCGACUGCUGAUUGGCUGCUGGGAGCACUCCAAGCCAGCCAUGUUUCCUUUCCUGAAAUCUCUGGCUGCCAUGCAGGACAAUGGGACGCACUACAGUGUGGAAGUGAGACUCUUCACGGUUCCAGUCAAUGAAACACAAGCUGAGAUCCCCUAUGCAAGAGUCAACCACAAUAAGUACAUGGUCACCGACAAGGUGGCCUAUAUUGGUACCUCCAACUGGUCAGGAGACUAUUUUGUCAGAACUGCAGGAUCUGCGCUUGUGGUGAACCAGUGCGACGCAAACGCCCAGGGCGAGCCCACAGUGCAGGAACAACUCCAGGCUGUGUUCGAACGGGACUGGAACUCCAAAUACAGCAGGGACAUCAGCAGCUUGGGCCAGUGGGAAAACAUCUGCAGAGGUCACUAGGAGGCUACGCCGCUGAGGACUGACGCAAGGAAAUCCUGGCAUCACAGAACGACCUGGCUACAGCAUGUCAAGAAUACAUAUCAGGGCAACAUGGCCACCCCAGCACUGCAAACAUGGUGGGGUUGACAUGUCCCUUCCAGAGCCUGAAAUAUCCGGUGUCACCUGGUUUCUUGCUAGCCCAUUUGGUUUAUCUGCAAUGGCAUUAGUCAUUGUUUGAGCCCUGGUGUCUCUCUGGAACACAAGGUCAUCCCACCUUCAAAAACUAACAGCUGAGCCAGGCCAUGAAUUGACAUAAUCUUCCGAAAAUUCACUGCAAGGCAGGGAUCUGUAGCAUGGUCUUGCAAGGAACAAGGAAAGCAUUAACUCAAUAGCUGAAAACUUGAGGAGGAGAACAGCAAAUAGAUUUGAAUAAAGUCACCAGUUAUGGAGGAGCGGGUCACCACACUCAGGUAAAGGUUGAGUUCCAUUUUGUACUCAAAGCAGGGAUGCAGCAUCUUUAUAUUGUAAAAAAAAUGUAGUGUGCCUCCUCAAAUGUACCGUAUUUCCUCUCUGAGCGCAGAAUGACUCGAGGCUCUGUUGGAAGCAAUAGGUUGUAAUGAAGCAAAAUGAUUAACACCUGGAUCUAAGUAUUGUGAUUAGAUAGGCUACAGAGAGGCAUCUGAUGAAGUGAGCUGUAGCUCACGAAAGCUUACGCUCAAAUAAAUUUGUUAGUCUCUAAGGUGCCA